UUUAAAGUAUAUUUCUAGGUAUGGGGUUGAGUUUGAGAACGAGAAGGAUGUUUACAACUUCGAGGAUUAUAGAAACCUCAGUAACCUCGAGGCUCAUAGGAACAACAAGAACAAUGAUGAACUCUUGUCUCUCAGUAUCCGUUGUAUAAUCUGCCUGGUUCUACUCCGCUAUGGAGAAUAUUUUGGUAAUAAAGAAACCCCCUAUGGAGCUACCAUGUCUAAAACAGAAGAAAAAGUGGGGAAAAUAAUAUUCCGGCUUCAGGAGGGUAUACAGUACAACCUGCAUACUGUUGAUGGUGUUCAGGAGGCCCAACAGAUGACGGGUAUAUCUACUCCAGUCCUUACUGAGAUUGGAAGUGCUGUAUUCCCAACCCUGCUUCUACUGAACCACUCGUGUGAGCCUAAUACCAUCAGGAUCAGUGGGUUCGGGAACCAGGUCGUUAUGGUGGCAAAAAGAAAGAUAAAGAAGGGUCAGGAGAUUACAGACAACUACGGUAUCCAUCAUCUCAGUUUACCAUUUGAGGAGCGGCAAGAGUGUUUGAAGAGAGGAUUUUCGUUUUCUUGCUGCUGUGAAGCUUGUGCUAAAGACUAUCCACGAAUGAAAAGUUUAAGGUCUCAGCUUCCAGAAUCGGUUGAAGAUAAAUUUGAUAUAAUGAGAGAUGAUCUUAAGGACAAAUUCAAGAAAGGAGAUCACAAUGCAUGCUUUAGAAUGAGCAAAGAAAUGAUCCAGCUUUUAGAGAAAAAUAAUGUGGUUUAUCCACACAGGAGUUACGAGCAGGCCGCCCUUUGUCUCACGUCAUGCUUGUGGACAUUAUAUGGAAACAGAGUCUAAAUAAUUCAUAAAUAAUAAGAAAGUACAUAAUUAUUGUAACAAUAAAUUAAAGUGACGGCCUCCCUUAUAAAAGAGUGGCAUUGAUGAUUGAAAAUGGUGACCUAAGCAUUGUUCAUUCAUUCAUUGAUUGUUUGUUGUGCAUCCUAAUUAGCUGUAUGACCUGGAUUACUGAAAAGCUCAAAAUAACGGGAUUUGCAUCAAAGAAGUUUGAGAAAAUGGGCAAAAUUUGUUUAUAAUCCUGAAGAUUCAUUGAUAAAAUCCAGUUAGCAAUUCCUGUAAUAAUUAAAUUGUUUUUACUUUUACAUACAUUUAUAUCGUUAGUGUUUUUUUAAUAUUAUCAAAUAGUUAAUUUGAUUUGAAGUUUAGAAGAUAAUAAAUUAUAACUACAAUA